AUGCCACGGAAGAUCCCCGUGUACUUCAACCAACUACUAGCAACUAGUCAACUUCUUGGAAUGGUUGUUUGGCUCAUUGAUUGUGACAUUUCUCUGGAGUCACGGGAUCCGGGUACUGGUCGCUGGGAAGGGAUGAACGCCGAACACCACACAGUCGAUCGGAAUAAUAACCCGCGUUCAUCCAACUCGAAACAUGUUGUGGGACACACGGCGGAGCACAGGAUUUAUACAAGCAUUGGGGCCCCAGUCCCACCGCGCACAACUGCACAAGUGCCAGUUGCGGGCCUUUGCGCCGGCAUGAUCUAG